AAUUGUCUUUUGGAAAAGAAGCCUGUUAAGGAACAGAAGGCUCAAUCCAAUAAUGAUAAAUCCAAAAAUGUCAGCUACGCCGAUGCUAAAGAGGCUAAGCAAAAGCAAUCAGAAUCAGAAAAAGAGAAUGCUUUGCUAAAGAAGAUCCCAAAAGUACAACCCACUUUCAAGACCCUGAAACAAGAGGACCCCAUGGAUAUUACAGUAAAUUUUCCAAUUGCUAACAGUUUGGAAACAGACAAAGCCCGGAAGACUGUAGCAAUAAGAUGCAAUGUGAAAAUUAAGGGCACCCCGGUUAUAGCAAUUUUAGAUUCGGGUGCUGCCAUGAGUAUCAUCACCAACAAGCUGAUAAAAAGAUUAGGGCUUGCACCAACCAAAGAAUCAAAAACAGUUGUUGUAACUGCCAAUAGUGGCAGAUCAAAGGCCCUUGGCAUUGUAGAAAAUAUCAAAAUAGUGCCAGACGAGGAUAAGAUUGACAAAAUUAAAAAUUAUCCUAUCCCAGUUACUUUGCGCCAAAUUUGGGGAUUCUUAGAACUUGUUUCCUAUUAUAGGAAGUUCACAAAUAGGUUCUCUAAGAUUGCUAAACCAUUGAACCAAUUGUUGAAGAAUGAGCU